AUGUUCAAGGAGAUCUUCGGCUACCACAAAUACCGAGUGAGGCGUCGAGAAGUAAAUCACCAGCAGAUGCUGGCGGACCUUAACUUCUUCAUCCCUUACAACAUGACGAAGCCUGAGGACAAGGUUGAAACCUACACAGGCAGCACCAACCCCGGAGACGUCUGGUCCUUCGAGGUCGAUGCUCCCAAGCCCUUCCCUGGCGCCUCCUCCUUGGUCGCGGGCCUGGACGACUCAGGGCAGCCGAUCACCAACGCGAGCCAGUCGGGAUGA